CUUCCUCAACCCUAUUAUCUCCCACCACGCCCAGUUACACAACACUUAGAAGACCUUUUCCAAACUCUAAGAGGCCAAUCAUGCCCGAAUCAAUCAUCAUCCCCUCCGCCCACAAACCAGACGCCAAAAGCGCCAAACCCACGGCCACCUUCACGGGCGACGUCUACCUUGACCCGAUCCACUUCGCCAGCGACGCCUCCAUCGCCAACGUGACAUUCACUCCCUGCGCGCGCACACACUGGCAUACCCACGAGAACGGACAGAUGAUUAAAGUGGUUGCGGGCAAUGGAUGGAUCUGCGAUAAGGGAGGGGUCCCUCGUCGUUUGAACACGGGAGAUGUUGUGUGGGCACCCGCGGGGACGACGCAUUGGCAUGGGGCGGAUGAGGAGAGUGUGAUGACGCAUUUUGUUGUUGGGUUGGGGAAGACGGUGUGGCAUGAGGCUGUUAGUGAGGAGGAGUAUAGAGGUAGAGGAGAG